UCGGUCAGGUGAUUAGAGAGGGAGGUGGUGAUGUGGAUAUGGAUGCCAUCAGGCGACAGCAGUUACGCAUGCAAAUUGUGCAAGAAUGCUACUGCGGCACAGAAAUCCUGUCAUUCGAAGAACUGCGGGCUCAACUACAGCAUCGCUAUUGCCGAAACCAGCAGCGGCUGGACGAGGUCAAGCAAGAAGAAGCCGACAAUGAAAAAGUGGGCCUAAGAAUAGUUUCACACUACGAUCGUCAGAAAACGUCAUAUCAUGGGAUCGGUUCGCAUUCCGAGGAAGCGAGGCAAAAUGUUGCUCCGACACCGGCGGAAACGGCUCAACUUGAUCGUCACAACGAGGAAGCGAGUGACAACAGCAACAACAAUAUACGCACAGGCCAUCAUCAUUAUCACCAACCACCUCAUGGUGAUACGAGAACGACCACCACCACUACCAGUGCUACCGCAGCACACGUGGCCUCCAUUCCACCCGCCUCCCAUUUUAUCCGCACAAAACUUGCUCAUCUCUCUCCACCAUUCCAAUCUUACACUGGCUUCCACGACUUUACACCAUUGCCUUUGAAGCGGAUUCAGGCUAACAAGAUCCUCCAUUUGGAAGAUGGAAUGGCAGUUCGCAUAUUUCAUAAAAUUGCGCAAGGCGGAUUUGCUCGUGUAUAUCUCGCUGAAACCAGUAAAGGGAAUGCUAGCUGCGCAAUCAAGGUCGAAACACCAGCCAAUCCUUGGGAAUUCUAUAUACUACGCCAGUUACAAACCCGACUUAUCGAUCACGAUGACCGGUACGACAAGGGUGACGCAGUAACAGAAAGACGGCUGUGGCGGCAAUCAAUUAUCCAGGCAUAUGGCUUCUAUCUGUACAACGAUGGCAGCUACUUGGUGCUGGAACAUGCAAAUCAAGGCACCUUGUUGGAUUGUUUCAAUGCAUAUCGUACCCAGCACUUGCGUUCGACGAUGCCGGAGACGCUGGCUCUGUUUUUCAUCAUCCGUCUGUUACAAGCUGUACAGACGAUCCAUGCAGUUGGUAUAAUCCAUGGCGACAUCAAGAUGGACAAUGUCAUGGUGGCGUUUGAAGAGCAAUCUACCCUACCCCAGCGCUUUGAUGACAGUGAUGAGGAGUGGCAAAAGCAAUAUUUGGUGCUAAUUGACUUUGGCAGAGCAAUGGAUCUGACUUUGUUACCGGACAAUGUCUACUUGAAAGCAGACUGGUCGCCUCAACCCGCGGAUUCGUUGGCUGUGCGUCAAGGCUUGGCGUUCCGGCCUCGGGCAAUUGAUUAUUAUGGCCUAGCAAGUAUCGCGCAUUGGCUGUUGUUUGGAAAGGCAAUGAGUAUAGUUGAAAAGCAAGCACAAAAAGAAGGUGGUGGAUGGCAGAUACAAGAGCGAUGGAAGAGAUACUGGCACAGUGAGCUAUGGCAGCAGCUGUUUGAACUGCUACUCAACCCUCCAGCAGAUGAUAAGCUCAGUGAUACGUUAAUUGCCAAGGUGACCAAGAUGGGACAACAGAUACUGCAACAGGACAAGAACUUGGCAAUUCGCGUUGCGCAGCUCAUAGUACAGUCAUCGUAUUGAAACGUAAUCUAGACACCAGUUUAGAUUUAAAUGUAUUGUAUUGCUAGAAUAUGUGAAAGGGAACAAAACGAUGACUAUAAAUAAAAUGUGUAUG